AUGGCGACUUCGUUAGCUCGAUUUUCUCGGAGGGGAGUAACUUCUAACCUGAUCCGUCGUUACUUCGCUGCGGAAGCGGCGGUGGCGACGAAGACGGAAGUGCCUAAGCCGAAAUUGACGGUGACUCCGUCGCCGGAUCGUGUGAAGUGGGACUACAGAGGCCAACGACAGAUCAUUCCUUUGGGUCAGUGGUUGCCGAAGGUAGCCGUUGAUGCUUACGUGGCUCCAAAUGUUGUGUUGGCCGGUCAGGUCACAGUCUGGGAUGGAUCGUCAGUCUGGAACGCCGCCGUUUUGCGCGGCGAUCUCAACAAAAUCACCGUCGGAUUUUGCUCGAAUGUGCAGGAACGGUGUGUUGUUCAUGCGGCGUGGUCGUCUCCAACAGGAUUACCAGCAGACACAUUGAUCGACAGGUACGUGACAGUGGGUGCAUACAGUCUUCUGAGAUCAUGUACCAUCGAACCAGAGUGCAUCAUCGGGCAACACUCAAUACUAAUGGAAGGUUCGCUGGUCGAGACCCGCUCAAUCCUGGAAGCAGGUUCGGUUGUGCCGCCAGGAAGAAGGAUCCCAUCAGGUGAACUAUGGGGAGGCAAUCCAGCAAGAUUCAUUAGAACUCUAACUAACGAAGAAACGCUAGAGAUCCCGAAACUCGCUGUAGCCAUUAACCACUUAAGCGGAGAUUACUUCUCUGAGUUCCUACCUUACUCAACUGUCUACUUAGAGGUAGAGAAGUUCAAGAAGUCCCUUCGAAUUGCUGUUUAG